AUGUUUGCCAACCUGACGUAUCAAGACAAGCAGGCGUUCUUCGCCCUGCUGGACGAGUACUUCGAGUCGCGCCCGCACCUGGCGCACCUGAGGGGCGAGUCGCCCCUGCCUUCCCCGGGCGGCCUUGCCCCGCCGAGCAUCGACUCGAGCAGCCGGCCGCGAAGCUCGACGGCGAAUUCGUCUUCCUCAACUGCCGGAGCCGCACCGGCGCUUGGCGGACGCACGCUGCCGCCGCCCGUGCACCACGAUGCCGCGGCGACACCGCCUGUCCGCCAUACCCCCUCCCCCUCUCUGCCCGCCGCUACGCACCACACGCCGGGCUCAGGACUCACGUCGUCGAGCAGCCACCGCGCUGACGGCCUGAUGGGCAGCGCCAAGUCGCUCGCCUCUACAGGAUAUAAGUUUGGCCGCUCCGGAGUCGGAAAGCUUGCGCAGAACCAGCACGUCUCGGGCGCGAUGGGCAAGAUCGGAGCCGGAAGCUUCAACGACAAGCUCGCCAAGGCGGGCGACACGCCGCGCAGCCGUACCGCUGGUGCCGAUGCUACUGGAGGCACCGUGGGUGGUGGUUACACACCGCGCACGACGGGUCCGCCCCAGCCCCCGCCCAGCCGUGGCGGUGCCGCGAAGGGUAACCGCGCCCAGGCGCAGUACGACUAUGAUGGAGGAGACGCAACCGACCUCCCCGUCAAGGAGAAUCAGAUCGUCAACAUUAUCGCGAAGACUAGCGAGGACUGGUGGACGUGCGAGGACGACGACGGGAGGCAGGGUCUCGUGCCGGCGAACUACCUCAAGGAGCUCUAA